CCACAACCCUACAGUAGACACCCACACCUGCUCCAGCAAGUAUGUAGCGUGGGGGGCGAGCAGGAGGUGGCGCCACAGUCGGUCAGGGGCCGCCACAGGGUGUCUCAGGAUGAGGUGAGCACAGUACAGGCAGCGAGAUGGGAAGCGGCAGUAGCAAGAGAAAGGAGAAGGGCCACCUGCUGGAGGCGCUACAGGAGCACAGAGACAGCAUCACGUGUCUGGUGUUGUCGGAGGACGGCUCCCUCAUGGUCACGGGGUCCUACGACACCACCGCCUGCAUGUGGAGCACCCUAGGGGACUACACCGAGUGUCUCGGCGUCCUCACGGGCCACACGGGGAGGAUCAUGUGCGCCGCCACCAGCAGGACCUUCGUGUUCACCGGGUCAGAGGACGCCACCGUCCGCAAGUGGGACAUGUGCUCCAUGGAGUGUAUCUUCACCUACGUUGGUCACAUGCAGCAGGUGCACCGAAUCAUCUGUGCUGGUGACUUCCUCUUCAGCACCUCCUACGACAAGACGGCCAAGGUGUGGUUCCUGGCCGCCGACAGCAACUGUUCCCAAGAAGAGGCCUGCAUCCGCACCUUUGAGGGCCACAGCAAGGCCGUCUACCCCAUCCUCUUCAUCCCCGGGCAGGACACCGGCGGCCUCAACGAGGAAGGCCUCAAUAUCAACCCCGCUGACCUCGUCAUCACCGGCAGCACUGACGCCACUGCUCGUUCCUGGUCCCUUGACCUCGGCGUCUGUAUUAAGACCUUCAGUAAACACACUGGGCCCAUAUCGUGCAUGGACACGGGCUCUCAAGGCAAGCUGCUCUACACCGGCAGUAACGACAGUACCAUCAGGGUGUGGGACAUCUCCAGCGGCAGGUGUCUCAAGGUGCUGACGGAGCACAAGGACUCCGUGACGUGCCUGAAGGUGGUGAACCGGCUGCUGUACAGCGGGAGUCAGGACUCCAAGGUGAAGUGCUGGGUGCGGGAGGUGGGCGACUGCACCCGUACCUACAAGACCAACAGGAACCAGGGCAGCGUCACCUGCAUCAAACUCCACAGAGGCAUCCUGUUCGCUGGCUACACCGACAACGCUGCUAGAGCCUUUGACGCCAAGAGUGGCACCCUGAAGCGGAUCUUUCAGGGUCACAUCGAUACUGUCAACUGCUUGGCCGUCUUGGGCACCAAACUCUACACGGCUGGCUCCGACGGCGCCAUAAUGGUCUGGGACGCCUCCAAGAUCAGUACAGACGAGGAGAUGUUCCACUUGUCUGCCGCCACAACCACAGUCAAACGAUCAUCGGUGAGCCCCAUGCUAGGGGAGAUGCGCGAUGAAUCGUCGACCACCGACGACUCCGAGGACGAGUUCCACAAAGUUGACUUGAACUUUGACCUUGAGCAAUACUUGGCCGACGACGUCGAUCCGACCAGCCGACCUGAUGAGUGAUCAUAGCAAACUGGUAGAAUAGUCGACGGCCAAGUGUACCCGACCUGAAGAGCUCGAACGAGGAACUAAUACAAUGUAAACCAUUACAACGGACACGAUGUAAUGGUUUACAUGACAGUCCCAAGGCACGGAACCCGUGGCCGAGCACAGAGCCAUCUACACUAUACAGACAAGUAACCAUUACAUCAUGAAAUAAACAGUUUAAAUGAAGGUUUAUG